UUUUUUUUUAUUUGUAUCUGUAAAAUAUUAGCAUGCUGGGGAUAGGGAUCGAAGAGUAUAACUGAAAUUGAGAAGAAGAAAAAACUACCAAAUUAUCUAAAGUUGUAAUUCAGAAAAAAUCGAAAACAUGUCAGGAUUCAUGAAUUGGACACCCUUAAGAGGAGGAAUUGUCAAAAUUGGAAACCCGAUUGAUAAGGAUUCCCGGGUAUACAGGGGUGUUUUUGAUGGCAAAGAGGUUGCUGUAAAAAGUGUGCUAGACACAAAUGAAAAGGAAUGUGAUAUUCUUCGCAACUUGACUCAUGAGAAUAUCAUAAAAUAUAAGUAUAUGGUGCAAGAAGGUAGAACAUUGCAUAUUGUUUUGGAGUUGUGUUCACAUUCACUCGAGCAAUAUGUUUUGCAAGAAGAUCAUUGUAAUAUCUCACUUACAUCGAUUGAGGUAUUGAAGCAAAUCACAGAAGGAGUCUAUUACCUUCAUAAUGGUCAAACUUAUUGUACAGUUCAUUGUGAUCUGAAGCCAUCAAAUGUUCUUUUUCUAUAUGUGGAACGAGAUGCCAGAUGGUUGGUUAAAAUCUCAGAUUUUGGCUUAAGCAAAGAUUUAUCUCCAGACAAAUCUUCAACAACAUCUCAUGUGAAAGGCUCGCAUGGCUAUAUUGCUCCUGAAUUAUUGGUACGUAAGGAUGGCACAAAAGGACCUGGGAAAAUUAGAAAGGAAACGGAUAUGUUUUCCCUUGGUGUUAUAUUUUACUUCACAUUGAGUGGUGGGAAACAUCCAUUUAGUAAUGAUCCUUACUAUGCUAAUGCUAAAGUUCGGGAUGCUGAGCCAUCACUCAGUGAACUUGGAGAAGAAUGUGAGUUAUAAAUGCUCUAUGGAAUUGUUAUUCAAACAUUUGCCGAGUUUGUAAUU